CCUAUGAACCCACGCCUACAGUAGGUCAAUCAGAGGAAAUUGGGUCCAUUACGGAAGUGGGCUCCAGAAAUUUCUGACGCACGACAUCACACCCUCGGAUGGUGGUAGAAUCUCUUGGCGGCAGGUGAUGCGAUUGAUCAGGCUUCCAAGCACCAGGUCGUACCUUCUUCGUCAUCCAUCUGCUUAUCAAGCACCAAUCAACGGCAACUUUCCAUUCGUACAAGCUCGAAGGAGUAAGAAAGUGAGUCGCAAAGUUACAACAAGAGAAAGGAAAAUGCGAUAAGUAUAACCGAGGCCAGGCGUGAACCACGUUGAGUUGUUAGAUUCGUAUUGGCCUGGAACAUCGAGUGCAGGCUGCAGCGUCCUUGGCAUCCUAGCUACCAACAAAAAUCUGUCUGCUGGAGCGCCACACUUCUGGUGGACCCGUUGAGGAGACAUUGCCCCAUGGCGGCCACAGGAGCAUGCUUCAUCGCCGGCGGUUUCUUGCCGAUGUUCGGCCGGGACAUGAAGUCAAUUGCAGGAGGAUUGAGGACGAAUUUUUCGGUUUCGAUUCGGCCGUCUGCUGUGUUCACCAAACAAACACCAGCGCCCGGAGUAACAGAAAGAGGGAGAUUCGAGAAGAUGAGUGAAGCCGAUAUGAUCUCGAAGCAUUUUGAUAACUCGGACGUGGCGAAAUUGGAACAGCGGAGUUUGAAGGAUUACUUUGAGCAGUCGAAGGAUUUGAUCAGGUCGGACGGUGGACCGCCUCGCUGGUUUUCGCCUUUGGAAUGCGGAUCUCGGUUGGAUAGCUCUCCCUUGCUUCUCUUUUUGCCAGGAAUUGAUGGUGUUGGACUUGGACUUAUUUUGCAUCAUCAAAGGCUUGGAAAGCUUUUUGAUAUAUGGUGCUUGCAUAUUCCUGUUGAGGAUCGAACAACGUUUACAGAAUUGGUGAAGCUGGUUGAAAGAACAGUUAGGUCAGAGAAUUACCGUUCACCAAAUAAACCCAUAUACCUAGUCGGAGAAUCUCUCGGAGGAUGCCUUGCUCUGGCUGUUGCAGCCCGUAAUCCUGACAUCGAUCUUGCACUGAUUUUGGCCAACCCAGCUACAUCUUUCAGCAAGUCACCACUGCAAUCUCUAAUGCCUCUAUUGAGUCUCAUGCCUGACAAGCUUAAUUUUAGCCUUCCUUUUAUACUUAGCUUAAUAACAGGUGAUCCUUUGAGGAUGGCGAUUACAAAUGCAGAGAAAGGACUUCCUCUGCAACAAAGAGUUGGAGAGCUACCACAGGGUCUUGUUGCACUGCCAUCUUAUCUCUCUGUUUUGUUUGAUAUUUUACCUAGAGAAACCCUUCUUUGGAAGCUAAAGAUGCUUCGCUCAGCUUCUGCAUUUGCCAAUUCACGUCUCCAUGCUGUUAAAGCUGAAAUAUUGAUACUUUCCAGUGGAAAGGAUAAGUUAUUAUCGAGUCAAGAAGAAUGUGAGAGGCUUUGUCAUACACUACCCAAUUGUGAGAUUCGCAAGUUUACCGAUAGUGGUCAUUUUCUCUUCCUGGAAGAUGGUGUUGAUUUGGUAACUAUCAUCAAAGGUGUUAGUUUUUAUCGCCGUGCAAAAUACCUUGACUAUAUUUUGGAUUACAUACCACCAACUCCAUCAGAAUUUAAAAAUGUAGCCGAACCAAUUAGAUGGUUUAAUAGCAUAACUUGCCCCGUUAUGCUCUCAACUUUGGAGGAUGGGAAGAUUGUGAAAGGACUAGCAGGAAUUCCUUCUGAAGGGCCAACUUUGUUUGUUGGCUAUCAUAUGUUGCUUGGAAUUGAAACGAUUCCCCUAGUGUUACAAUUUAUGGAUGAAAGAAAUAUUCUUUUAAGAGGGAUAGCACAUCCAAUGUUGUUUAAGAGGUCAAGUGGUGGAAGUUUACCUGACUUAUCAAGGUUUGACACAAUUAGACUUGUGGGUGCAGUUCCGGUCUCAGGCACUAACUUUUAUAAACUCAUGUCUUCCAAGUCUCAUGCCCUAUUGUAUCCGGGAGGUGUGCGAGAGGCUGUACAUCGAAAGGGUGAGGAAUACAAGUUGUUUUGGCCAGAACAAUCUGAGUUUGUCCGAAUUGCGGCUAGGUUUGGAGCCAAAAUUAUACCCUUUGGAGUUGUUGGAGAAGAUGAUUUUGGUCAGGUAGUCAUUGAUUACAAUGAUUUAAUGAUGAUUCCCUAUUUUAGGGAUCAGAUAGAGGAGAACACGAAGAAAGCUGUGAAAUUAAGGACUGGUAUUAGUGGUGAGGUUGCAAACCAGGAUUUGCACACGCCAGGAAUUCUACCAAAAUUGCCAGGUCGUUUUUAUUACUUGUUCGGGAAGCCAAUUGAGACAGAAGGGAGGAAGCAGGAACUAAGAGAAAAGGAAAAGGCUCAUGAACUGUAUUUACAUGUCAAAUCUGAGGUUGAGAGUUGCCUUGCUUAUUUAAAGGAGAAAAGGGAGAGUGAUCCAUAUAGGAACAUACUGCCCCGGUUAUUUUACCAGGCUACACAUGGAUUUACAUCUGAUGUUCCUACAUUUGAGCUUUGAUUAUUGCUUGUGCUGUAAGUGAGACAAAUCUGUUUAAAUCAAGGUAUGUGUUGCCCCCAAGGUGGAGUUAGCCUCAUUGCAGGCUGUACACUGAAGGCUUGUUGUUAGGUGUUAGCCCACUGUAUGCCCCUAAACCUUCCAAAAGAAUGAAUAGAAGUAUACAUUUAUACCAGACAAUGGAUUACUAAAAUAAUAUGAUGUGUUGAGGGAUAAAA